GCAGCGGUCGACGACCUCCCCUCCUCACUGACCAAUCACAUCAAAGUAGGUUACGCUCGCGCAUGCGCACACAGUAGGGUAAUUUGUUGAUAUCUUGCCUGGUUGUGUUCAUUUUCUCACUUUGGUUGUAUUUCAAGCCAAAAACGGCCCGCGCAGGGCUUUGCGUCGCACCGGGUUAGAGAGUUUACAAAAAGAAUCUAUAUGAAGGGCUGAUGGAAGACACACGGGACCUGGCUGAACGGACCUCGCGUUCAGAACGUAAGCGAAGAGACUCGUUCGGGAUGUUUGAUGGCUAUGACAGCUGCAGCGAGGAGUCGACCAGCAGCUCCAGCUCAGAGGACAGUGAGGAUGAGGUGGUGCCCUCCAUCCCCGCCAGCCUUCCAAUCAUCAAAAACAAUGGCCAAGUGUACACUUACCCGGAUGGCAAGGCUGGGAUGGCCACCUGCGAGAUGUGUGGGAUGGUCGGAGUACGAGAUGCUUUUUACUCCAAAACCAAACGCUUCUGCAGUGUGUCCUGUUCCAGGAGUUAUUCCUCAAAUUCCAAAAAAGCUAGCAUCUUGGCCAGACUCCAGGGCAAGCCACCAACAAAAAAGGCAAAAGUCCUGCAGAAGCAGCCUCUAGUGGCAAAGUUGGCAGCUUAUGCCCAGUACCAAGCAAGUCAGCAGAACCAGAAAUCUAAAGCCGUUGUCCCUGCUGAGAGCUUUGACUGGGGUCAGUAUAUCUGUAGCAAUAACACGGUUGGAGCGCCGGUCAGCUGCUUCAGACACGUUCCUAUGGGGACAUGUUGGGGCGACAUACAAGAAGGAGUGAGAAUAGAAGUGCUCAAUUCAGAUACUAAUCUCUCCACUAAGGUCUACUGGAUAGCAGAAGUCAUUAAGUUAGCAGGGUUCAAAGCUCUCCUGCGGUACGAGGGCUUUGACAGCGACAGCAGCAAAGACUUCUGGUGUAAUCUCUGCAUUCCUGAGGUGCACCCAGUGGGAUGGUGUGCUUCUAGCGGAAAGCCCCUCGUACCUCCAAAAAGCAUUCAGUAUAAGUAUUCAAACUGGAAAGCUUUCCUCGUGAAGCGACUCACUGGAGCUAAAACGCUGCCAUUUGACUUUAACACCAAGGUACAGCAGAAUAUGCAGUUUCCCUUUAAGAAGCUGAUGCGGGUGGAGGUGGUGGAUAAGAACUACCUGUGCCGGACACGGGUGGCGCUGGUGGAGCAGGUGAUUGGCGGCCGCCUCAGAUUGGUCUAUGAGGAGAGCCUCGACGGGUCAGAUGACUUUUGGUGUCACAUGUACAGCCCGCUUAUCCAUAACAUCGGCUGGUCGCGCAGCAUCGGACAUCGCUUCAAGCGAUCAGAUGUCGCAAAAAAAAUUGAUGGACAAGUUGAUGCUCCUGCACAGCUCUUCCAGAAGGUGAAAGAUGUGGAACAGAGCGGGGAAUGGUUCAAAGACGGAAUGAAGCUAGAAGCCAUUGACCCCCUCAACCUCUCAGCAAUCUGUGUAGCCACUGUAAGAAAGGUGUUGGCAGAUGGGUACCUCAUGAUCGGGAUUGACGGGUCAGAGGCUGUGGAUGGAUCAGACUGGUUCUGCUACCAUGGCUCCUCCCCCUCCAUCUUCCCUGUUGGCUUCUGUGAAAUCAAUGACAUUGAACUCACGCCCCCUAGAGGGUACGCUAAACUGCCAUUUAAAUGGUUUGACUACCUCAGAGAAAUGGGUUCAGUAGCUGCUCCUGUGAAGCUCUUUAACAGGGAAGUUCCCAAUCAUGGUUUCCGGCAAGGCAUGAAGCUGGAGGCGGUCGACCUGAUGGAGCCACGGUUGGUGUGUGUUGCCACGGUGACGAGAAUUGUGCACCGGCUACUGAGGAUCCACUUUGACGGCUGGGAGGACGAGUAUGACCAGUGGGUGGACUGCGAGUCACCUGACCUCUACCCUGUGGGCUGGUGUCAGCUGACGGGAUACCAGCUCCAGCCGCCGGCAUCACAGAGUAACAGAGAGAUGCCUCCAUCCGUGCCCAAGCAGAAGAAAAAGGCCCAACAGUAUAAAGGCCAAAAGAAAAAGAGGAAGAUUCCAGUUGGUCGACGGCACUUCAGUCAGACAGGCAGGAGGAGGAGCUUCUCAGGGGAUGAAGAGCAGAGUCCGCCCCCUUUCCCUGCCCAGGGGCCUGCUCGGCCCCGGCCCCGAACCCACAACCCAGAGUCUCUGCUGCAGCUGAAGGAGGAGGCGGCCGAGGUGGACGAGUUCACCUUCUCACAGGGCAUCUCUGACCAGGAGAGCAACGGCUCAGGCAGCUACUACAUCAAACAGGAGCCCUGAGGUCUCCAGGUCGCACGCAGCGGGAGUUGAACCAGCCUUGAAGAACACUCGCAGAACAGCGCCACCGGCAGGAGCUGGUAUCAGCUUCUGACACAGUCCCGAGGGUAGAAUGCCUCUGCAGCCAAACGUGACUCAAAGGUUAGAUUUUGGGCAUUUUAUCCAAUGAAUCCACAUCAGCGUGCUCUCCUUGCCUGUCUGACGUGGGGGUGGGGCAGAAAAGGAAAAAAAGAAAAAAAUCCACCCAAAUAUGAGGUGUUGAGUUUCGGUUGGAUUUGUCUGCCCUCGUACGUGGACGUGGGUCCACCCUGCCUGUGCUGAGGUUCUGGGCCGAGCACAGAGACCUGCACAAACUGUGACACGUUUUUAUUGAGCCGGGUCCUUUAUGGGCUCGUUUCCACCACCGACAGCCCCACAGUGGAUAGAGGCUGUGUACAGUUAAUUUUUUUGCCAGGUGGACUUUUACUUUGUUUAUAGUACUUGAAGUUUUUUGUUUGUUUUGUACCUGUUUCAGAGGUGUUUGGUCUUAAUAUUGUGCUUAUUUUGCCUUGUUUUUUGGUGGCUGUGUGGGGAACAUUUUGUGCGUUGUUUCAUCAAAGUGAUUCUAUUCAUAUAUAGUAUGUGCAAAACUAUACAGAGUGACAGAAUAUAGAUAUUUAGGAUUUGAAAUGAGGGAUCUUUUAGUGCAGUGCUGCUCAGCGUUUUCUUUCGCUAUUUUUAGUUUUUUUUUUUUUUCUUUCAUCAGACUUCUUCAUGCUGUUCAAUUCAUUGAGACAGUACCUGGUGAGAGGGUGAGAAUCUGACGUUUGAUGGCAGCUGUUGGUACUAAGAGUUUUUGAUAUUUGUUUCGGACUCAAAUGGUUGUUGCUCUGUUGCUUCGCUGACCAGGUUCGGAGAAAGCAGUUGAUCAGGUUUCAAGUGUCGUCAGCGAGCACGUAGUCAGCUAAAUGGCACUUUAUUAGUUACUUCCACUGCCAUUAUUUUGUAUAAUUAAUCUAUUAAUGUAUUUUCUAAAAUAUUAGCAAUGGUACAGAAUAUUUGUUAGAAUUCCCCAAAACCCAAAUUAUCUUAAGAUAAGCUGUUUUGUGUGACAAAAAGGAUUUGUUGCCACACAAAGUAAAACACUGAGGCUUGAUUUUGGCGGGGGGGGAACUGAGCUCAUCCUUUACAUUUAAAAAGAUGCCAAUAACUUUGUAAACUUGUGCCCCUCCAAAGUAAAAAUUGGUCCACAAAUGGCUCAUUUUCAGUCAGUCGUAAGACAAGACUGCAGUGUUUUAAUUUUGAUCUGGGCUGCCGAGCUAGCCUCACCCUGUCACACCCAUGACUUCGAAGAGGCUAGUUAGCAUGUAGCAUGCUCGCAGAUGUGCUCCACGCAAUCACGCAAUCCUUAAGUGUAGUCCAAAGUUCUGUCAGUCUCUUUCGCGAUCCGUGAGCUUAUUAAAUAAUUUAACCCUGAAUUUGCGAUGGUAGGUGUUUGUGUUCGCUUACUGAUGACACAGAAGCUGCAUCACUCAUAUUGGGAGGGGGGGCAUGUGUUGUCAAUUGGCAUAAAGCGACAUGAGAGCAUGCCCUCUAGUGGGUUUUAUGUGAACAGCGUUUAACAGCUCAUUUUUAAACCACAGCUAAGUGACAAAGCAACACACCCCAAAGCUCUUGGAGUCUCAUGUAAAAUUUUUUGUUUGAGUGAAAACAUGAAACAGAUUCUUUAAAGAUCAGCAGCAAAAAAAAAAAAAAAAAAAAAAAAAAUCUUUGAAACAGCGUCACAUGUUUCUUUCUUAGGAUGAUGAUGAUAUGCAAAGCUUUUUUUUGUUGUUUUUUUGUCAGAGCCAUAUGUAUGCAAGCUAGUCCACAAUUCAGCUGAGCCACAGAAUAAUAACGAAACAUAAACAAUGCACUGCUUUUUGCCAGCGGCCUGUUGAAGGCAGCAUCCACACAGACAGCGGCACAAAUCCGAUUCUCCAGAACGUCGUCAUGAUGAUGAUUAUGAGAAACUCUCUGUCUUCUACCUCCUGAUGCUAGCCAUGUUUAGCCAGUGUCGAGCGUUGCCGUCCGCAAGGGUGCGAUAGUGUAUGCAAAAGAAAACCGUGACCCGAAAACGAUCCGCUUGAAGACUUCAGACGCCAAACACGGCAGGCACGCCACGAGGUCGUCUCCUAAUCGGAACGAUAUGCAAUAACACAGAUCCCAGAUUAUGAUUAUUUAAUGUUAAAUGGAGCACCUGCAAGUCUUGCUAAGAUCACUACAAUCAUAUAGAAGAUAAUUUUACUAAAUGUUAGUGUGUAUCUGAUGUGUGUUUGUGUGCGUGUGUGUAUUUAUAUGCAUCAGUGGUUCUCAAACUGGGCUUGAGACCCCCUACUUUAUUUUUUCUUGCUUGUUUUUAUGCCUGCAAAUUAAGUAAGUUGUAAAGUAAAAGAUUUUUUUUUUUUCAAUAAGGCUGGAUGUUGUUGGUGUUGUAUUGUCACGAUCCAACAGUUUUUGCAGGUGGUUUCACAAAAUCCUUUACCUGCUGAGGAGAGCGGUCUCACUGUUGACUCUUUGUCUUUGGUUUGGAUCAUCUAAUUAAGGGUUCAGUUUUGUUUUUUUCCCCCCACAUUAACAUUGAGAUAAAGGGCUCUAUCUUCUACCUGUUGCAAAGCAGCGCACAAGGCAAAUAUUACUGCUAAUUUCUAACUGAUGCAGUUGCGAUUUCCAUGCACAGGACUCACAUUCUUGACAUAGCAAAUGUCUGUGUGCUCGCGGGUGCGUUGAUCUCAAAAUGAGUCCAGCGCGCCCACGAAGCAAAGUGUUGGUUCAUCAGAAAGCUGCUGCAUCACAAACAACCAAAAACCUGAUGGAUAGUUUUUCCUGCUGUUUCUGCAGUGCGAUAUUCAGAUAUGCUGUACAACAGCGGGUUCAUGAUUUGCACAGGGGGGUGCAUGAGCAGACUAAACUGCAUCUAAACGGAAUUAAAAUUAAAAGGAAGAAUGUUUUGGGAUUUAAGAAAAACAAAACACAAACUUAGAAUAUCUCUGGCUUGUGUUGUUUUUUUUACACCAUUUGCUUCCUCCCCGGUUUCUCAGGCUCCAGUUACUGAUGUGCUUUGGCUUUCCUCACAAGAAAACGUCUCAUAGUGUAGUUGUACAUGCUAAUGCGCCAUGUGCUUUAGAUCGUGAAAAUGGGGCACAGUGAGUUUCAGGCCGUGGCAGCACUGCGUAAAUCUUAAGGCCUCUGAAAUAGAAUGAAAUUAAACAAAAUCCUAUUUUUUGUUGGUGUUUGAUUUUUUUUUUUUUUUUUAUGUUUUAUUUUUGUUUUUUGGGGGUCUGAAGGUCAAACAUUUGGGAACCACUGAGUCACGCUGGCAGCAUCACUGUACAGAAGCAGCUUUUAAAUGCAGAGCAAAUUUAAAGUUAGCAAAGGUUUAUGUUCCAUGUACCAUUGAGGUUCAAGAGUCAACUCUCAGGACAUUUGUGUUGAUUUUUCAGUCUAAACCAGCUCAAAAAGCAUCUUUCAAAGAAAAAGUCUCGCUUCAAGCUUUUUCUUUCUUUUUUUUUUUUCCCUUAAUCCUUUUCUGAUGUCAUGUUAACGUCUCUCCGUAUUUGGUAAAGUGCAACACUUUGAACUUCUGUUUCCUGGUGGCAGGAUAUUUUCGAGUGAAGUUAUAGAGCAAAAUUAAAUUUAAACUCUGAGGGAGAAAAAGUAAAAUGACUACAAGAACAAAAGGUCCCAAUAUUACAAGAAUAAAAUCAUUGCUGCUUCACACGGCUGAGGUUCUCUGCUCCUCGAACACCGAGAAACUCAGUGAUGGUGAAAUCGCAACAGCCUUUAACCAAAUUUAUAACAUUAACCUUUCCUCCCUCAAAAUAUGACAAUAUAAUUUUCGUUAUGACAAUUGUAAAUUUGUCAGAAUUAUAUACUGAGAAUUCUAAUUAUAGUCGCCCCCCCCUUCAAAAAAACAGUUUGAGCUUCUUUCGUGUUACUUCAAAAAUACUGAUUUACUGAAAUACUGAUUUUUGUCCUCAGAAUUUAACUUGGGAGAUUUCAGUGAUGAUACAUUUAAAUUGCAAAAGAUAUUAUUUUUCUUCACGUAUUACUGCUUCCCCUUCAUAAAACCAAUUUAGUUGAUCAAAACUAAUUUCCUCAAACGUUCUAUUCUCAUACCAAUUUUUUUUUUUCUUCAUUUUUUCGCAGCACUGACCCUGACACUUUGUGGUUUUAAUGUGAUGGAACACAAAGUUAAAAAAAAAAAAAGAAAAAAAUGAAUGAGCAAUAAACUGAGUUGCAAAGGUUUGAGAUUAGGAUUAAGUUCUCAUGAGAUUAUUUUCUUCUGAAUGAAGCAUUAAUUAAAAACAUCAUGACCAAACUGCAUUAUCUUCGUACUAAAAAUGAAAGACUGUUCUCUGGAUUAACUCUGGUCUACAUCAGUGGUUCCCAACCUGGGGGGUCAGGACCUGUGAGUGGAUCGUAAAAACCAGAUGUAAGAGAGAAUUUUUAAAAAAAGAAAAUUUUGUUUAAUUUUGGACUUCUUCCAACUCUCAUUCUCAGAGGUUUCACAUCUGCCUCUAUCCUGAUCUACUCCAUAAUUUAUCUUUAUGUAUGUUUUCCCUCCAGGGUUUGUGAAAAAUGUAAAAACUAAAAAAAAAAAAAAAACUUUACAAAUAAUCUGGCUCUCCCCAUUUUUACAGAUGUUUUGGACUCUUUUGUUGUAAGUGUGAGAUUCUGUGAAAUCCAGUUCUUUAGUAAUCCUGCUGACAGACCUAACGGGGCACACGUUUGAGCACAUACCUGUGCCAAAGCCCAAACAAUUCCCAGCAAAUCCCCUGAAAGCAGGUUUAUUUCUUUUUGAAUAACCAUGUUAACAGCACGGGUGAACGUGAUGAAUGAUUAAGGACUUGUACACAAAAGCCGUUGGGAACCUCUGGUCCAGGUUAACCCUACAUAUUCAGACGUACAAUCACUGUUUCUAAAAAGAAAAGAAGAAAAAAAAAUAAAAAACCUUGUAAGUUGUAGAUAUUGGUGUUUAAGCUCUAAAUCUGUCUGGCGGCGUGUUUUUGUGUGGCGUAGCCGGAGGAUUUGGUGCACCGAUGACCUGGACACAUGCGGGACACGUUGUGUCGAUGUCGUGAUGAGGUUUCAGUCUUCGUGUUUGCAGCGCCCCCUCGAGUAGCUGCUUUUUGCUUUGGUUUUUUCCUUUGGAUACUAACACGGGUCUUUUGUAUGUGAUCACCCCUGAUUAUAUUAAACCAUUAUAUUGUGGUGCUAUAUAUAUAUACAUACAUCUAUAUACAUAUAUAUUUGAUAAAAAUGACUUAAUGUAUUGGGAUUAUUAUUGUCUGAAAAAUAAUUGUGUUCAGAGGGUUAUGGUGCAAAAUUUAUUUUGGAUACAAAUUUAAAAAAAAAAAAUCUGUGAAUAGUUCUAAAUCUAUUGAUAUUAACACUGAGCAUUGAGGUACAUUAUUAGACUGCAGUUUAAAGUUUGUACAUCUUUUUGAUAGUGUAAUCAUUUUCCUUUCAUAUGGUCAAUUUGUGCUGUGAUCAGGCUUUCAUAGACUUUGUACAUAAAGGAUCAUCGUAUCGGUUGUAACGAACAGCUUCUUUGUUCACAAGCAUCACAAACUGUUUCCGCAUGGCUGUGAAAUUUAUCUGGUGAUUUUUGUUUUUAGUUUUUUUUUUUUUUUUUUUUUUGUAACAUCUGACUUUUACACUGAAUAAAAAAGAUGACUUCAAACCUCUUA